AUGGAGGAUGUCAUGGCCCGCAUCGCCGACACGGCCUCCUAUCCGCUGCAUGUCUUUCAACGUAACAAGAAGACCGUCGGCAUUGUCGGCGCUGAUGCGCUGGCUGCAUUGCCCAUGGCAGGUGGCAGCUGCACACAUUGUCUAGUCACCUCAGCUACCGAGUUGCAGCCGUUCCUUGUAGAUUCGCCGGCAGCGGAGGUGCUUUUCAAGUGGUGCGCGCGCGUCAGCUGCUCUCUCUCCCGAACGCUGACGCGUCACUGUCUUGUCGUGAAGAAUGUGUCUCGCGGCAUCGCCGUCUCUGCACUUCUGGAGAGGGACCGCGGCGACGUUAGCGCCGUAGAGACGGUGUGGGCAGAUGUUGAGCGCAACGCGGAGCUGUGGAAGACUCCGUCCAGAGGCGGCAACACCGACGCCCUGCACGUGUACAUGAUGAGCGUGCCGGAGGUGCCAGACACCAUCUCCAACACGCUACAUGAUAUCCCCAACGCCUCUGCCGCGGCGCCGCUGGGCAGUCUCGUCACCACUCGCGUUCUUCUCGGCGACUCCGCGAGCGAAAUAGUGGCGGCGAUUCGGCAGCUUUUCAACCACUUUCUCGGUAGUGAGGCGGAGCACCUCACUGGCACGGAGGUGUGCUGGCCUGCUUCCCUGCUCUUCCCUGUGAAUGUCCACACCCGCGAUGAUGCGAGGCGGCGGGCAGAGCACGCGGCCCUGCUGCUGCCGCACCAGGGCCUUCUGCACCAUGAGGACGCCAUUCAAGCGUGGUCCACGUGGGACGACCUGCGCAGUCAGCACGAGGCAAAGGUCGCUUCCGUCUUUCGUACUGGCGCGGCCUGGGAGCGGCAUCUCGCCACGAGCCCGCACCGGGACCUCGCGCCUGCAUCCGCACCGUCCCUUCCAGGGGCUGAGACGCUUGUGGUAAGCGGCGCCUAUGAUUACUACCACUACCGCGUCGACGGCUUCCGCGACGACGGCUGGGGCUGUGCCUACCGUAGCCUGCAAACGGUCCUUUCGUGGUUUCAGCACGCCAGUCUCCUACGUGCCGCUAUCCCGUCGAUCCGGCGCAUUCAGGAGAUUCUCUACGAGGUGGACCCGGACAAGGCGAGCAAGGGAGCCUUCGUGGGAUCGCGUGACUGGAUCGGCAGCUUCGAGAUUAUGCUGGUGCUGCAGAAGUAUUUGCCCGGUCUGGAGUGCACCAUCAAGCGUCUGGAGAGAGGACAAGACCUAGUCACGGACUCCUCGGUGCAGUUGCUGCUGAUCGAGCACUUCCGCAGCCCACGAGCCGCACCAGUGAUGAUAGGGGGCAGCAGCUACGCGCACACGAUCCUCGGCGUCCACGCGAACAUCCACACAAUGGAGGCGCAGUACCUGAUCCUAGACCCGCACUACUCCGCCUACCCGACACAGAUCAAGACGGCGAUCAAGAAGGGCUACGUGGGAUGGAAAGAGGCCUCAAAGUUUUUUGAGGCGGGUAGCUGGUACAACUUGUGCAUCCCACGUGUUGACCUGUUCGAUCCUCGAUGA